AUGGAAGCCAGAGAGAACAGCAGCAUAAGAGUCCUAAUGACGCCAUGGCUAGCCCAUGGCCACGUCUCCCCCUACCUGGAGCUCGCCAAGAAGCUUGCAGAAAGAAACUUCAUCGUCUUCUUCUGCUCAACGCCCAUCAAUCUCACCUCCAUUAACAAGAAGCUCAGCGGUAUGUCUGAUAAUCCAAAAUACUCCGGAUCCAUCCACCCAGUCGAGCUCCACCUUCCAUCCUCGCCGGAGCUUCCGCCCCACCACCACACCACAAAAGGCCUGCCGGCCAGGCUGAUGCCGGCCCUCAAACAAGCUUUUGACGCGGCCAGCCCUGGCUUCUCCGCCCUCUUGCGGACCCUGAAUCCGGACGUGGUUGUUUACGACUUCAGCCAGAAAUGGGUGGCGGAUUCCGCUUCGUCGCUCAACAUUCCGGCCGUCCAGUUCCUAACCCUGAGUUCAUCUUUCGUCUCUUUUUUCCUCCAUCUCUGUGAAAACCCUGGCGAAGGAUUCCCUUUCCCCGAAAUUCAUGAUCGGGAAUACCUUCAAGAUAAGCUCAAAGCCUUUGGGCCCAGUGGAGACCCGGAGAUGGUUCGUUUCGUUGAGAGCCUGAAGAAAUCCAGCGACCUGGUUUUGAUAAAAAGCUCGAGAGAGAUAGAGGGAAAGUACAUGAAUUAUCUCUCGUCUUUAGUCGACAAAAAGAUUCAACCGGUUGGGAUGCUGGUUCAGGAUCCGAUGGAUCAAGAAGGGAACGAAGAAGAGAUCAUGGACUGGCUCAAGAACAAAGAAGAAGCCUCCACUGUAUUCGUCUCUUUCGGAUCCGACGAGAAGAUUAGUGUUUCAGAAGCAUUAUUGCCAGAAGGAUUCAUCAAGAGGGUUGGCGAGAGAGGAAAGAUCGUUCCAGGCUGGGCGCCACAGGCGAAGAUCCUGAAGCACCCGAGCAUUGGAGGGUUCGUGAGCCAUUGCGGAUGGAAUUCGGUUCUUGAAAGCAUAUCAUUCGCCGUUCCGAUCGUGGCUUUGCCGAUGCAUCUCGACCAGCCAUUGAAUGCGACAUUGGUUGAGGCGAUUGGGGUUGGUUUGGAGGUCAUAAGAGACCGGAGUGGGAAGAUCAAUGGAGAAGAGCUGGGUAGGGUUAUAAAGCAGGUGGUGGUGGAGAAGAAGGGGAUUCAAAUGAGCUGUAAAGCCAGGGAGUUGAGAAAGAAGGUCGCCAUGAAAGAGGACGAAGAGAUGGAUGAGGCUGUUCAAGAAUUGGUCAAGCUUUGUGAGAAGAUGAAGUAA